AUGCAAUUCGCAGUGAUCCCAUUUGUUCUCUUUUAUAUUUUCUAUACUGCAAGUGCUGCCAAUACUCCAGUAUGCACAAACGGAUUCACCUUAAUUAAUAAUAAAUGUCUAAAGCUGUAUACAACUCCUGCAAGUCACUCCGCAGCCGAAGAAUCUUGCCGGAACGUUGGAGCAACAUUAGUGACUGUCAAAAAUGAAAAUAAUAAUCAAGCGAUCACCACUAUUGUGGGAUCCACUGCUUCUCUUGUAUGGAUGGGUCUGUAUUGUUUGGACAGUGAUCCAUCAAAAUGCUUAUGGGAUGAUGGUACAGGAUCCGCUGAAAUGUACAGUAACUUUGCUAGUGAAAACUAUGACAAUAAUCUAUUCUGUUCUUACCAAUUGGCCACUCUUGGAUCCUACAAGAUUCUUCUCAAAUUUGACGAAUUUAUCACUGAAUCAAAUGAUGAUAUCGUUAGAGUUUACGACGGCGACUCUUCGGAUAAACCUCUAUUGGGAACUUACAGUGGAAACUUGAACCCAUUCGGUUUAGUUUCAACUGGAAAUACGAUGUAUGUCACAUUCAAGACUGAUGAGAGUAACGUAGCUCAAGGAUUUUUUACCAGGUUUUUGGUGUAUUCCGGUCUCUGA